AUCGGCCCUGUGAUUGGCUGUGGCUGCCUUUAAAGUCUGGCACGGGGCGGGGCGUGUGGGGGGGUCAGUGCGGGACGUGGCGGCGGAGCGGAGGUGGGAAGGAGCGGCGCCAUGACCCGCGGAAACCAGCGCGAACUGGCGCGGCAGAAGAACCUGAAGAAGCAGAGCGACUCGGGCAAGGGCAAGCGGCGGGACGACGGGCUCUCGGCCGCCGCCCGCAAGCAGAGGGACUCGGAGAUCAUGCAGCAGAAGCAGAAGAAGGCUGACGAGAAGAAGGAGGGCAACAAGUAGCGGGCGGCCGUUCCAGGCCGCCGCCCCAGGGCCAGUCCCGCCGGCAGGAUGCCCCGCACCGCCCUGGGCCGGGCCCCCCGGCCGCGCCCCGCACCGCGCGGCGCUGUCCCCUAUUAAAGUAGCUGUGGAGCCCUGCA